GGUCCCGGCUGAACAAAAAAUGGCAACAUACGGUGACGAACCAGUCGACAGCUAUUUCUAUUCCUCGUACAACCCGUACGCGGGCAGAUACCCGCGGCCGAAGGACGCCCGGUGGAAAUACGAAAGUUACUUCUCCCACUACGGGGACACGGACGCCUUCAACAACCAGCAGCGCGCGCAGCUAAAGUCCAUCUUGUCUCAGAUCAACCCCAAACUCACCCCGAGGCUCCGGAAGGCGAACACCAAGGAUGUGGCGGUGCAGGUCAAUCCGAAGCGGGACGCCUCGGUGCAGUGCUCCAUAGGCCCGCGGACGCUCCUGGCCAUGAAGCGCGACUUCCGGCGCAAGAAGAGGCCGGAGGCGGUCACGUCGCCGGGCGGCGGCGGCGGCGGGAGCCCCACGGUCGGCGUGCGCUACCCACGCACGCUCGCCGUGUACUCACCCAUCGCCUACAGGAGCGUCACCUCCUUCCUCGUGGACGAGAACAACAACGAGAAGGAGGUGUCCUGCAGCGACGCGCAGACCGGCGACCCGCCCGGGUCCCCGGGGAAGAGCGGCGGCGUGACGGACGAGGACGAGCGGGCCGCGGAGGGCGCGGAGCAGCGCGGGAAGCCGAGGGUCAACAAACGGGCCGCCGCGAGCGAAAACACGCAGGCGUCGAGCGAGGCCUCGGAGGGCAAGGCGCGCGUGCGCUUCCAGUUUCUGGAACAGAAGUAUGGAUAUUAUCACUGCAGAGAAUGCAAUCUACGGUGGGAGAGUGCCUAUGUGUGGUGCGUUCAGGGCACCAACAAGGUUUACUUCAAACAGUACUGUAGGAAAUGCCAAAAGGACUUUAACCCGUAUAGAGUUGAGGACAUCACAUGUCACACCUGCAACAAAGCCCGUUGCUGCUGUUCAACAACCCAGCGCCACGUCGACCCCAAACGGCCCCACAGACAAGACCUGUGCGGCAGAUGCAAAGGCAAGCGGCUCUCCUGCGACAGCACGUUCAGCUUCAAAUACAUCAUCUGAGCGGCAGCGCUACGAGUCAUGUGGGGGCAGUCUUCAUCACGGGGCCUUGUUUGUAGAAGAAAUGCCAUCUUUGAUCCAAACUAUUUAAGUUUAUUUCAUGCCUGUUUUGUUAAAUCUUGGUAAGCGCACUUUACGAUGAAAUAAAUACUUUGCACUCUG